AUGGAGACAAAAUUGAACACCUGCAAUGUACGGUCUCUGCUGCUUGUUUUCCUGGUGUGGCACCCAGCCAGGUUGGUGCUGGCUAACAUCCAAGAAGAUGAGGCUAAAAAUAACAUUACCAUCUUUACAAGAAUUCUAGACAGACUUCUGGAUGGUUACGAUAAUCGACUUAGACCAGGACUGGGAGACAGUAUUACUGAAGUCUUCACUAACAUCUACGUGACCAGUUUUGGCCCUGUCUCAGAUACAGAUAUGGAAUACACCAUAGAUGUUUUCUUUCGACAAAAAUGGAAAGAUGAGCGUUUAAAAUUUAAAGGUCCUAUGAAUAUCCUUCGACUUAACAAUUUAAUGGCUAGCAAAAUCUGGACUCCAGAUACCUUCUUUCACAAUGGGAAAAAGUCAGUGGCUCAUAAUAUGACCAUGCCCAACAAGCUGCUUCGAAUCCAGGAUGAUGGAACACUGCUAUACACCAUGAGGCUUACAGUUCAAGCUGAAUGUCCAAUGCACUUGGAGGAUUUUCCAAUGGAUGCACACUCAUGCCCACUGAAAUUUGGAAGCUAUGCAUACACAACAUCAGAAGUCACUUAUAUUUGGACUUACAAUGCUUCUGACUCUGUUCAGGUUGCUCCUGAUGGGUCUAGGUUAAAUCAAUAUGAUUUGCUGGGCCAGUCAAUUGGGAAAGAGACUAUUAAAUCCAGCACAGGUGAAUAUACUGUAAUGACAGCUCAUUUCCACUUGAAAAGAAAAAUUGGGUAUUUUGUGAUUCAGACCUAUCUGCCUUGCAUCAUGACUGUCAUUCUCUCCCAAGUGUCGUUCUGGCUUAACAGAGAAUCUGUGCCUGCAAGAACUGUGUUUGGAGUGACAACUGUUCUCACAAUGACGACACUCAGCAUCAGUGCCCGAAAUUCUCUCCCCAAAGUAGCUUACGCCACUGCCAUGGACUGGUUCAUUGCUGUUUGUUAUGCAUUUGUGUUCUCAGCCCUAAUUGAAUUUGCGACCGUGAAUUACUUCACCAAAAGAGGAUGGGCUUGGGAUGGGAAGAGUGUAGUAAAUGACAAGUCCCCUUCAAUAAAAGCUGAAGGCAUUAUAUUAACACACAACUCCGUGAAGGCAAUUCUUCAAGGAGCUAAACUAAUAUGGUCCAAGUAUAUAGCUUUCUCCUGGUCCAGUUUAAGCCAAGCAAAGCCUUUAGAGUACUUACAGAAGCGGAUGGACUGUUUAACCUUCACACACUCUUCUAAAAAAGAGAAAGGUUCCGUCAUGAUACAGAACAAUGCCUAUGCAGUGGCUGUCGCCAACUACGCCCCCAAUCUUUCCAAAGAUCCUGUUCUCUCCACCAUCUCUAAAAGUGCAACGACACCAGAACCCAACAAGAAGCCAGAGAACAAGCCAGCUGAAGCCAAGAAAACCUUCAACAGCGUCAGCAAAAUUGACAGAAUGUCUAGAAUAGUUUUCCCAGUUCUGUUUGGUACAUUUAAUUUAGUUUAUUGGGCUACCUAUUUAAACAGGGAGCCUGUAUUAGGGGUCAGUCCAUGA